CUUAAUAACAAACACUCAUCCAACCAGAAGCUCAAAAUACAAUGACACCAAUAAAACAACUUCAAAAAACAAUACUACCAGUAAAAUGACAGCUCCAAAAGCAACAAUACUAGAGAAAAUAUGCAACAACACCAAUAAAAUGAUGAGUUUACAGAAUGAUAAUAUCAGCGAAACGACAGCUCCAAAAUGUAACAAAACCAAUGAAAUAAUGACUCCAAAGAGACACAACACCAAAGAAAUGAUGGCUUCAAAAUAUGAUGACACCAAUGAAAUGACAACUCCAAAGAGAUACAACACCAAAAAGAUGAUAGCUCCAAAAUGCAACGACAUUAACAAAAUGACAACACUAGAGAAAUGA